CGGCCCCUCUCUUAGCCUCCCAGGGAGGAGGAGGAGUCUCCCGUCCCCGGCUGACUGCGGCUCCCGUCCCCAGGAGCGCGCGGGGCCGCGGUGCGAGGGCCCGUUUCUCUUCAGUCAGGGUUCGCCCCGACACCCCGCGGACGGAGGGCCCCGCCGUCAGGACCCGGUGACCGUGCCCUGCUUGAUGGUCACUGUCCUCCAGAACAGGCAUGGAGGAAAUAUCGGCCCAGGAAGCAGCGGGAUCUCCAAGGGUCCAGUUUCAGCCUUUGGAGACCCACUCCGAGGGUCUGUCCCCAGAGCCUCAGUUCGUGCAGGACACCGACAUGGAACAGGGACUCACUGGGGGAUUUCCAAUUUCCAAGCCUGAUGGGAUCUCCCAGCUGGAACAAGAUCUACAGGUCUUUGAUCUGGAAACUAAGAAUAGAGAAGUCUUAAGAGAUGACUGCUCAGAUGGAGAGACCAGAGAAGAAAACAAGCUGUUGAUUCCUAAGCAGAAAAUUCCAGAAGAAGUACAUUCAUACAAAGUGAGAGUAGGAAGACUCAAAAAGGAUAUUGCCCAAGUUCCUGAGACUAGAGAAGUGUAUAAGACUGAGGACAGAUUAGAAAGGCUUCAGGAAAUCUUAAGGAAAUUUCUCUUCCUGGAGAGAGAGUUUAGGCAAAUAACAAUCAGUAAGAAAACCUUCACCAGUGAGAAGAACAGUGAAUGUAAUGAACCUGAAAAAAGCUUCAGUCUGGACUCAACUCUUGAUGCAGAUCAGAGAGUUCUUAGGAUACAGAACGUUGAUGACAUUGAUAAGUAUGACAUGAGCCUCAACCAGAAUUCAGCUGGUAAACAUGAACAAAUAAAUCUAACACAGGAUUUCCAGAGUAAUGAAUAUAAGGAAAGUUUAAUGGAACUCUCCCACCUUAAUAAAUGUGAGAGCAUUCCUGCCACUGAGAAAUCCUAUAAAUGUGAUGCAUGUGAGAAAAUCUUCCAUCAGAGCUCAGCCCUUUCUAGACAUCAGAGAAUUCAUACUAGAGAGAAACCCUACAAAUGUAAAGAAUGUGAAAAAUCUUUCAGUCAGAGUUCAAGUCUUAGUCGACAUAAAAGAAUACACACUAGAGAGAAACCCUAUAAAUGUGAAGCAUCUGAUAAAUCCUGUGAGGCGUCUGACAAAUCCUGUAGUCAGAGCUCAGACAUAAUUCAGCAUAAGAGGAUUCACACUAGAGCAAAAUCUUAUAAAUGUAGCAAUUGUGAAAGAGUCUUCAGUCGCAGUGUACACCUCACUCAACAUCAGAGAGUUCACAGAGAGAUGCCUUGUAAGUGUACUGUGUGUGGCAGUGACUUCUGUCAUACCUCACACUUAGCUGAACAUCCGAAGGUCCAUUGUGAAGAGAAGUCCUAUGAAUACAACGAAUGUGGCUUGACCUUUAUUAAGCAUCAAGGAAUUCGUCUCAGAGAAAAGCCCUAUACAUGUAAUGAAUGUGGAAAAGACUUCAGAUUGAAUUCCCAUCUUGUUCAGCAUCAAAGAAUUCACACAGGAGAGAAACCACAUGAAUGUAAUGAAUGUGGAAGAGCUUUCAGUCAAACCUCAUGCCUUAUUCAGCAUCACAAAAUUCAUAGGAAAGAGAAAUCCUACGAGUGUAAUGAUUAUCAGGAUGAUUUCAACCAUAGCUCAGAUCUUGUCCUGCAACAGGAAGUCCUCACCAGAGAAAAAGCCUUUGAUUGUGAUGCAUGGGAAAAGAACCUCAGUCAGAGAGCACAGCUUGUCCACCAUCAAGGAAUUCAUACCAAAGAAAAACCUUACGAAUGUAAUGAACAUGGGGAGACAUUUAGUCAAGUUCAGGCCUCAUUCAGCAUCUGAGAGUUCACACCAGGGACAAAUCGUGUGUGUCCUGAAUGUGGUAAAGGAUUCGGUCCCAGCUCAACCUUUAUUCAUCAUCGGGGAAUUCACAUCAGAGAGAAACCUUCUGAAUGUGACGGACGUUGGAAAGCUUUUAGUCCGUGUUAAACUCUUGACACCUGCAAACCCAUACCAAUGAGAAAACCUACAAAUACAUUGAAGGUGGUAGAUGCUUCAUGCUAUUUUCAUACCUUAGUCACCAUUGGAGAAUUCAUACUGGCAUACAAUUCUAUAAAUGUGAUGCAUGUGAGAAAAUCUUCCAUCAGAGCUCAGCCCUUUCUAGACAUCAGAGAAUUCAUACUAGAGAGAAACUCUACAUAUGUAAAGAAUGUGAAAAAUCUUUCAGUCAGAGUUCAAGUCUUAAGUCGACAUAAAAGAAUACACACUAGAGAGAAACCCUGUAAACGUGAAAAAGCCUGCAGUCAAAGAAACUACUUUGUGAGCAUCAAAUUCAUUUCAUGCCGAAUACCUAUGAAUGUAAUAAAAUGUGUAUGUGUGGGAGGAUUCAGCCAUAUUCCAACCCUCAUUCAGCAAAGAAUUCAAACCCGAGAGAAGUAAUUUGGGUAUAUAGUAAAUGACAAGUCUAGGAGUUCAAGUCUUUUUUCAUCAUCAGAAUAUCCACACCAGACCGGAAUUUGAUAUAAUGCAAGUGGAAACAUUUAGCACCGUAUUUCAGGCUUUAUUCAACAUCAAAAUAUUGAAGGGAAAAUUAUUAUUUGCAUAUGAAAUCGUUAAUAUAUAGUCCCAGUCUUUUUCAUUGCAGAAGAAUCUAGUCAGAGGAGUGACUUGGUGAAUGCAGUUGUGUUUUCUCGUGGCAUUCUUUUAUUUAAUAGGUGUUAUAUAAGUAGGUAUGUAUGCUUUAUUUAUGGAACUCAUUUAAGCUAUUUUUAUUUUAAUGUGGCCUAUAAACAUUUUUAUUUUUCCUGAAGUUGGUUCUUAUUGUUCACAGCUUCCCUAAGAUACAUUGAUACACCAAUGUUAAAACAUGUCAACUUCUGGAAGGUUUCUCAUUUAGCUUUUUCUGCUGUUCUCAGCCAAAGUUCUCUCCAAAACAGACUCUUAGGCCUGCUGUUUUCUGAGGACCCUAUUUCUUUCCAGCUGUAACAUUUGGAUUCCUAUUGAUUUCUCCAUUCUCUUAAGCACCUUCAAUGAUGGUUUCCCAGUUUUAAGCUUUACACCAGCAGGUAUGCCACCCCUACUUGCUUUUUUGGUGUCUUCUGUCUUAAUGCAAAGUAUCUUCUUUUAAAAGAAAUGGAUUUACACACCCUGUCCAUCCAUGAGUAUGAAGGAUUCUGUUUCCCCUGAGUUUGUGGCAGGCAGCUAAACAUUUUCAAGUGACACCCAAGUUCUUAGCUGUGUUAGCAUUCACAGCCUUCUAAAAGAUGAAAAAGACCUUAGGAAGCCAACAAGACUGGUGGUAGCCUGGCUAUAUUCAGCUCCUAUUCUGCAUGUCUGAGUUCAGAAUUAUUUUAUAUAUGUCCAUUGAAGGCCAGCAGAACGCUCGAGUCUGCUUUUGAUGGGCAAAGCGUAAAGAACAUACACUAAGAGAUCAGAGAUCUUCGUAGGGAAUGCUGCCUUCCGUCAAAGGUAUUGCUGUUCUUGUGUAAUAUCUUUAGAGAGUGUAUUUCAAGAAUGGCAGAUAUGCCUGUAAAAUUUAACCAUUACAGUUUUUCAUUACCUGUUUGGAAUUGUUUACACAUCAUCAUAUUUUUUGUAUUUUACUAGAGUCUACAGGCUGUAUAAAAUAACAUUUUUUUUUUUUUGAUUGAUGAAACUGAGCACACAUGUUGGCUCCAGAGUUCAGGGUCACUGUCAUAACACCUAGCAAGAGUUGAUGAUUCUUUAGAUGAUGUCAAAGCAUUCUAUUGUAUUUUUCCAUCUUAAGCGUCAAAAUAUUUUGUGAAUAAGACAAGUGUUAUUUAAAAUUCUAGUUGUCGUUCCAACGAUUGAGGUUUUCAUAAUUCAUAUGUUAAAAUAUUCACUAGGGAUCCUCAACAAAUAUAUAAAAAUCCGUUGCUUACUCUGUAAGCCUCUUAUGGCUAAUAACCUCUAGGGUAGUUCUACCACAGUAUUUUACCUCUUAGCCAUCAGCAAGCAUAGGAUCUCAUCAGGGCACGGUAGGGACCUAAAUGAUCUAAAUGUAAAAGCAUAUGAAAAAUGCAUGUGUUCAUUUUCCUGUCUAUGACCGUAUAUACCCUACGGAUAGAGACCACGGGUAAUCGCCUCCGGUGAUGACGAAACAGGAUUCAGUAAUCUCUAAAUAGCAGAAAAUGUAAAAAUCACAUGUGUGCAUUUGGUUUAGGAAUGUGCUUUUGUACUGCCACUUGAAUAAAGGUGUGUUUGGUACUCUGAGAAUCUGUUUCAAACAAAAUCUGAAGUCCUCAGCCAGAAGCAUUUGGGAAUCUUAGAAUCACCUUCCUGGCUGCAACUCAGUUCCUUCUAGAAACCUGCUUCACAGCAGGAAUAAAUCACUCUCCUUCGUACAGGUACAAAGCUUGCUCUUCCACAGACCUCUGGGAUAAAGUCUGAAUGUUUACAAUUUAAAGGGUUAUUCCGUUGGGAUGCUAUUGGCACAUAAAGUAAGGGUAAAUAGUUUGAGGUUUCAGUAGAACUAGGCAGAAUGUUUUUUUUAAAUAAAACAUUUUAAACAAUGAGAAACCAAAAUAAUCCUUGAGGGCAAGUAACUUGUCUCUUUAAGCUUGCUGAUAUUUAAUUGGUCCAGUAUAGUUUGUGUUCUUAGUCUUUUUAGCCUUGAAGACAGGGGAGGGAAGAGAAGAAAUCUAAUAGUUGGGACACCUAAUUUUAUCUAUCUGUCCACCUACCUACGUACACAUGUAUGUAUAUAUGCACAUAUUCAAACAGUCCUCACAACAACUCUGCAAGGGAACCAGCUCCGUUUUACAGAGGAACUGAGGUGUAGAGAGGUUGAAAAACCUGUAGGGUCACACAGUAAGCUCAAAGUCAGGGCUGUUUGACUCCAAAGCUUUCCCUCAUCGUGAUGUUGGUAUCGGACACAUCCCAGAACCUAGAGAAGAGACGUUUUCUCUGAUAGUUCUUUGUUCCCUGUUACACACCCAGUGAUUCACCAUUAGUUUGCAGCUGAUCCUAAAUGCUUCCAGAGCUCUCUGGGAAGCUGGGAGAAAAUAUCCCAGUAUCUUUUGGGAGCUAGUUAGAACCCCCCUGCCCCACCCUUUGAAACAGGCUUGACAAUUUUGACAACGACAGGCUACAGGUCAAAUCUCCUGAAUUCCCAUCUUCUGCCAAGACCCCCCCCCACUGCCAUCACUAGAUUUAUAUUUCCAUUUCUCGAUGACCCAAAUGCAUUUUAAAUUUUUCUGCCAACUAGGACUUACUAAUGGAUACAUAUUCUUACCAAGGUUUACUGUCACCUCUGAUUAUAUUAUAGUGGUGGAGCAAAGUGGGUAAUGGGUAAAUCAAGUUUGAUUCCUAGGUUUUUGGCUUGAGCAAGAGUGGAUAGAGGUAGACUAGAGAUGGAGAGUGCUGGGAGUGGAGCAGGGAGAGUAUUUCGGGCAAAAGAGAGCGUGUCAGAAGGCCUGCAGAGGAAAGAGUAUGGCAUUUUCAAGGCGGUAAUAAAUGAGCUCUUUGGAGAAUGCCUCACCUUAGGAAAUAGUACGUGGGUAACAGGAUUUGAGAACAAAGUUCAAAGGAAGCCCACAGGGUGUUAGAAACAAUGGAAUUUCUCACGUCCAAAUAUGUAACCUCUUAUGUCCUUUCAUUCAUUCAGUAAUACAGUUGGCAGGCACUACGAUAUUUAGUGGUAGCCGGUGGAUACAGUUAACCUAAUCAAAUGCAUUAAACAAUCCACUGAGUAAAGAAGAUGAGUCAAAGCAAUGACUUUGGAAUGAGACAUAUGCUUGAACUUUACUACCUAUAUGACUUUGGACAUUUUACUUAGCUUUUCUAGUUUUCUUGUGUAUACAGUGUGGUUGUUAAUAGCAUGAAAAUUAAAUGAGAUAACGUAAAAGCUACUGAUCAUAUACUAAAUGCCGAGAAGUUUUUAAUGUAAGUACUAAUAUAAAAAACGCUACAAUAGAGGAGAGAUACUUAGCAUAAAAUCUUAAAAAAAAGGAAAUCAACGAGCAAGCGUUUACCAGUGCAGGACUAGCAUUGUCCAGGGAGGGACACCCUGAGCUUGGAGAACUUAAAAUAUGACUAGAGAAAUCACUAGGCAUUUGUGGUCUGUGUGGUAGGAACUGCCUCCUGACGGGCACUUCCUGCUGGAGUCGGGCAAACUGACACGCCUCUAACAUUCGUUAUAAUGCGGCGUCAAGUCUUAACACUCCCUUCAAAUUGUGAGUGCGUGAAGGAGCCAAUGUUAAAUCCAAGACUUAAGAAUGGUUUCAAAUAGAUGGUGCUCUGUACAAAUCAACAAGAAAAUAUUGAUUUUGGAAUUAUUUUGCUGCCUCAUCCCACUCUCUUUAAGAAAAUGGUUACCCUUUUAUAUUUGUAUUUCAUCCAUGUUAAUAAAUUUACA